AUGCAACCUGAAGAACCAAAGGAUGAAGCGCACGGCGUUGAUGGAUCUCAAUGCGCCUCGUUCGACUUCAAUUCAGAAUCGAUUGAAGUUUACGAACGCAUGUGCAGCCUUACACUCACGGGAGCUGGUCAACGUAACCUCAAGUCAGCGUUUUUAUCCACCCAGACGAGUCCGCGCCCGCGUCGCGAGCGCAAUACGGACAUCUAUCCAAGGGGAAGCGCUUCCUGUGCUUGGGAGCGGUCCUAUUUCCUAGAAGCUGCAAAAUUAUGUGUACAUCUACGUUCGCAUACUGUAAUACUACUUUUUGGAAGUAAAGCAUGCUUUGCGAUUAUCAACGUUAUUGAAAAACAAGCUCACAAUGACAGAAUUGGUUCCGGGCAGGUGACAAGGAUGAAAAGUGAAAUCACGUUACAUAGUGGAUUUGGAAAUGUGCGUUCAUGUCGGAUGUCUAAUUUUCUCAGCCUUGGACGUGGUGUUCAGCAACAGCCGUUCUGUCGAUGGUUGGACACCGUCAAGAACAACUAA